AUCUGACCCUUGUAAAUUCCUCCUUGAUUUUUCCAAAAUGGGCUGCCAUAACUCAAAAGAUCGCGUUCAUCCAGCUAACAAAAGUACCCCCAAGAUUCCACCCACCGAUUGGGGCACUUUAGAUCAACACGACCUCAAAAAAUUCGAAAAAUUCGACCUCCUCGAAACCGAUACCGGAUGCGGUCGUGGAAACCACUGGCUCAUGUCGCUCGGUGAAGGAUUAGUCAUCCACGUAAUCUUCAGCACGGAGAAAAUGCGCGGGAUUAUUCGGAUCGAAAGUGUCGAGAAAGCAGCGAGACACGCAAAGAAACUCAGGGUCAACAACCUCACUGAAACCGCGAAGGAAAAAGGUUACACGGUUCUCUCCGAGGAUAAGAUUUGGGCCCUAAUUCAGCAAGACUUCGAAGAUUGUGACAAGAUCACGGAGGAAAUUAUCCAAGGUUUUGUCAAAUUUAAUUGGAAAAAGGAGAAUUGUGAGCAUUACUCGACAAAGUGGAGGUACGGGGAAGGAUUCAGUUUACAGGCGACGGGUUUGGACAGCUUUCCUGCCGGAGGCAUUUUAUCUGCCAGUAUGGAUUUGGCAUAUGACAACGAACUAUUUGCAAAACUAGUUUUGAACGAAAAUAUGUGCCAUCGGAAAUACGAAAGGGAAGAGGACAAUUCGUCGAAGAAGCUUCCGUCGAACGGGAAAGUUAUCGAAGUCAAAUCGUCGAAGACCCUUCCAUCCAACGGACCACUCGUCAAAAUCAACCCGACGAAGAUACUUCCGCCGAUCGGAAAAGUCAUCGAGGUCAACCCGGCCAAGACGCUUUCGCCGAACGGACAAGUCGUCGACAUCAAACCAUUGAUGGUGCCUCCAUCGAGCGCAAAAGUGGUCGAGACCCACUUGUCGAUCAAACCAAUCGUCGUGACAAGUGAUCGAAUUUGACGAAAUAAUAUUAACUGAUAAGAAUAAGUAGUUAUGCUACAGUUAUGCAUUUAUGUAACAAAUAUUUAACAAAUUACAUGUAAAACGAGGGUUUUAUUUAUAUUGUACGCUGCUUGUAUUACAAACUUUGAAUUGAAUUUCAAACACUUCUACAUAGUGCACAUAUUUUAAGAAAUUUGAACACCACAUUGUCUCCACUACCGAAUGGUGGUCAAACCCCACCGCUCGGAGAUCUUUAGCACUGCCCUCCUUGACCUCAGGGAAAUCGCCGACCCCUAGUUCAAUGCUUUGCAGGAGCACAUUACUACCAGUACGGUAAAAACCACCAGAGCCGACAGAAUUUCUUCUGUCACAGGAAUUCUUGUAGUUGUCUGAUAAUUAUAAGGGUUCUUUUAAUUUCUCAUUUAGUCAUUUUCAGCUUCAUGUUUAAACUUAAAAUUAUAUUGAUUCGCUCUUAGGAUUUACAUAAUCCGUACAAAACAUAGUACGUAUGUAUAUGUACAUAAAUACAACCAAACAAUUUAAUGAAUAACUACAUAUAAAUAUGUAAAAUUCCAAUAUUUG